UUGGGCCCUAAAACAGUUCGCAAAAACGAUGGAGGAGGAAAUGAAGUGGACACAAGACCAAGCCCUUGCCCAGGCCCUGGCCUGGCUUGGGUAUGUAGACGACCUGGCCGUCAAGGCCUCCAGUGUCCCCGACAUUGAGUUUGCGAUGCGCGAGCUCUCCAGCGCGUGUCGCUUCAUAGGCCUCGACUUGAACAUCCGAAAAACGAAAGUUUUGGCGGUUAACCAAGAAGCAGAACAGAAGCAGAGCCCCACCGCCAUGAUGGAGAAGUGCAUCAUGGACGGGGAAGAGGGGUGGACGAUCGACUACUGCGGGAUUGACUGGGAUAAAGAGUGGCAGACAGCAGCAAAAUCCAUCCCGCUUGCCGGGCUCGGCGACCUCGCGCCAACUCAUCUGGUUGUCUGGGACAACCCGGCGAUCGGUGUGCAGAUCAUCGCGUCCAAGCCGAGUGGGUGGGCAACCGCUCAUUGCGGCACUAGCAUCCGGCU